GUGCCCAGAGCAUGCGAGGCUUGCAAACGAGCCAAAGCUCGGUGUGAUCUGAGCAGACCAUGCUCACGGUGUAUAAAGAAUGGCAGAGGAGACUCUUGUUGUGAUUGGAACUCGUCAAGUGAUCUUGCUCUUGUUAAAGUGGAGGUUUCAGAUGUAAAACAAGAGCAUGAUGUUGUAGCAGUUGAACGACCUUUGAGCUACAACGUGAAUAGAGUGGGUUUGGCAGACGAUAUUACAUAUUUUCAGACGUAUGACACACAACAUUGGGCUUAUCCUUUGAUGGCAAGGUUCUCGGAGUACAGUCAGGAUCAAAUCUUGAAUUUAGCUUAUGUGCUUCCGCCUUCGAUCCAGAAUGUGGUCAGCAGUGCACUCAGUACAUUCAAGGUCAUUCAGAAUCAUACAAUGCAAAAGCGCUUUUCGCAUGACUGUAAUUUGUUGAUGGGGGAUCAAAAGGAUACUGGUGUGUUUGAAAUGAUGGAAAAUGAAAUUUGGGAACGUAGUCAGGAUACAGGAUUUAUGAGGAUGAAAUGGGAUAUGAUCGAAAACAUGAUGCCUGUCCGUCAAGAAUUAUAUGUUUCAGACCUGAUAUCUACAAUCUGUGGAAUUCAUAAGGAGGAGUUCAUAACACGAUUGACGUCAAAAAAUGUUCCAAUCUUCAUGACGGAGUUGGAUUGGAUUUGUUACAUGAUUGAAGAGAUAUUGAACGAUGACCAGCUGAAGGUCUGCAAAUUUUACAGAUGUCGGGAUUCAUGGGGCUCGAGUUUCUUUGGAUGUGGGUUCUAUUGUUUCGCAUCGGAAAAAGUUUUCGACGGAAAUGGAACGCUGGUCUGCUCGAAACAUUACAUUCGACCGGUAUCCAAGGAAGAGUUCGAACAGGUCAGGAUGACGACCCCGGAGAGCUGCCGGCCUUUUGCUAGUGAAAUGGGAGAUAACCGAAGUGCUGAUGAAUUGCAGAGAGAUUUUAUUUCAGACUAUCACAGG